GAGAGAGAGAGAGGAAACUCAAGCUCAAGCCAGACAUAGAAAUUAUUUGUUUUUACUUUGUAGACAGAGGGUAGAGAGGGCAGAGGCAGAGCCAAAGAAACAAGAGAGGAUUUCUUACUCUUUCUUUUCAUUUCGAUCCCAAAAAGCCAUGCCCUAUUUUCUCCUCCAUUAACGGUCACUUCCACUUCUUUUUUCUUUUUUAUUAUAUGCUUCCCCUGUCAAUCCAAACUUAUUAGUCAUUAUUAUUAUUAUAUUCUUGCUAUCAUCCCUUGGGAUCUCUCUGAUUCUUCUCUUUCUUUCGUGUUACUCUUUCACGCUAUGAAAUCACCCAGCCCACUCUGCCUUUUGAAGCUUAAAUAUUCUAAAGCGUUAAACGUAACCAAAGAGAAAUUCCCGUGAACAAGCUUCCUUCUCUCGUUGACAUAGCCACAUACAUUUGUUUAUGAAAUUUGGUUGUUGAAUCUGAUCUGGGUUUUUGUUGUCGGGUGGGUUAGAAGGAGAGAGAGAGAGAGAGAGAGAGAGAGAGAGAGAGAAGGGGAGAUGUUAACGUGUAUAGCUUGUUCAAAGCAGCUAAACGAUAACAAUGGAUCUAUUGGGGGCCAACAGGAUGAAGAUACUUUGGAGACUCCUAGGACUAGGCAAGCCCUUAAGGCCCUCACUUCUCAGAUCAAAGACAUGGCAUUGAAAGCAUCAGGAGCUUAUAAAAACUGCAAGCCUUGUUCUGGUUCUUCAAACCAUAACCAUAACCAGAACUAUGCAGACUCUGACGCCGCCUCUGACUCGGCACGCUUCCAUUGCCCAUACCGCAGAACAGGAAGUUCGAAUUCCACGCCCAGGAUUUGGGGCAAGGAGAUGGAAUCAAGACUAAAAGGACUUUCCAGCGGUGAAGGAACACCAGCGUCUGUUAGUGGCCGUACAGAAUCAGUACUGUUUAUGGAGGAAGAUGAGCCUAAGGAAUGGGUUGCACAAGUGGAGCCUGGUGUUUUAAUCACUUUUGUUUCAUUGCCUGAGGGAGGGAAUGAUCUGAAACGGAUUCGAUUCAGCCGUGAAAUGUUUAAUAAAUGGCAAGCUCAAAGGUGGUGGGCAGAGAACUAUGACAAGGUCAUGGAAUUAUACAAUGUUCAACGCUUUAAUCGUCAAGCAGUCCCACUUCCAACUCCCCCAAGAUCCGAAGAUGAAGGCUCUAGAAUUGAAUCUGCAAAGGACAGUCCUGUGACUCCACCCCUGAACAAAGAACGCCUGCGCAACUUUGUCCGCCCAGCAGGAAUGGGCUAUUCUUCAUCAGAUUCCCUGGAUCAUCACCCAACACAUUCCCGUCAAUGCUAUGACUCAGCUGCACUUGCUUCAACACCAAAACUCUCCAGUAUUAGUGGAGCCAAGACUGAGACAUCAUCGGUUGAUGGCUCUGUUAGGACUAGUUCAUCGAGAGAGGCAGAUUGCUCUGGAGAGCUCUCCAUCAGUAAUGCCAGUGACAUGGAAACUGAAUGGGUUGAACAGGAUGAACCAGGGGUUUACAUCACUAUUAGAGCACUCCCUGGUGGCACUCGGGAGCUUAGACGUGUCCGCUUCAGCCGAGAAAGGUUUGGAGAAAUGCAUGCAAGGAUGUGGUGGGACGAAAACCGAGCCAGGAUACAAGAACAGUACUUGUGAGAUUUAGCAAAUCAAUGAGAUGGACCAGCAUCUGGAAGUUGUCUCCUUUUGACAAAGUGGUGUUAGAAGCUCCUGUGUGCCUGGGCACAACUAAUCACAAAGCUUACAAUGCAUCAAAUCUGGGUAUUGGUCAUAUCCUCAAUUAUUGAUCUUUUUCUUUCUUCUUUUCCCUUCCUUUUUUUCCCCAUAUGUGGUUGGGUGCAAAUGUUGGGUCGCUUUGGGGUUUGACCAUUGAAAAGAUGAUGAGAAAUGUUAGUCAAAAUAAUAUUUGUUCAUAUUCACUCACA